UGGAGAAGCCGGCUCCGGUCGCGGGGGACUGGGGAAAGGGGUUGGCUUCCCUGGGGCAGGGAUGAGAAGCUGGUGUGGGGUUGCUAGGAGACGCGCCUGUGUGACCCCAGCCCCUCGAGGGCAGCUUGGUGUCAUCGCCACUGGCCUCGGGAGAACUGCCUAAGGGAACUGGCACGUGGGCAAGAUCCUGCUCGGGACCCUUCAGACUUUCGAAUGUAAAUGGAAAGCGACAGGGGCAGUUCUAGGAGGCUUAGCGAGGUGCCUGCCUUGAGAAAGGCCACCCAAAGGAGCCCGGAUGUAGGAAUCAGACUUCAAGGGAUGAUGAAGGCUAGUUUGAUUACCAAGAUGAGCAAAUGACAAAAUAAAGGAAACCUUGUUCCUGAACUUUUCAUUAAUAAGUCUUCCUCCCCUUACUCUGGUGGGUCUGAAGAUGACAGCAGCAACCCGACAAGAAGUCCUUGGCCUCUACCGAAGCAUUUUCAGGCUUGCACGGAAAUGGCAGGCAGCAUCAGGCCAGAUGGAAGACACCAUCAAAGAAAAACAGUACAUACUAAAUGAAGCCAGAACACUGUUCCAGAAAAACAAAAAUCUCACAGACCCAGACUUAAUUAAACAGUGUAUAGACGAAUGCACAGCCAGGAUUGAGAUUGGACUGCAUUACCAGAUUCCUUAUCCCAGACCGAUCCAUCUACCCCCAAUGGGUCUCACCCCACGACGAGGCCGGGGACUUCAAACCCAGGAGAAACUAAGAAAAUUUUCCAAACCACUGUAUCUGAAGUCUCAUGAUGAAGUUUCCUAACAAAGAAGACACUUUACUUUUUAGAAUGGUGAGCCAACUCGGUUUUGAAUAUAAACAAGGCAAUAUACCCUCCUUGAUUAGAAGCAAAAUACUUUUCAGACCUCCAAAAUUGGUCUUCACCUAUGGCAUGUGGCUGCAGGCAUCCCUAGGGUUUUUCGGGGUCUUGCUGCUGCUUGAGCUGAUGGAUUUCACAUCUUCCCUGAUGUCAUCCUUGGGAGCUGUCUGAGGCCUGUGGGGAAGACUGAAGGCAAUUCCUGGGCGGCCUUUCAGCACACAUCUGAUGCGAAGGGAUUAGCUAGUUGCCGCAAGUUCACAUGGCUCCAAAACUGCUGUGCUCCCAAAAUACUUUAUAGAGCUUUUUCCACAAGUUAUUUUCAUUUGAUUAAAACUGGUUUCUGUGUGGGCUUUUUCUGUGAUCUCCUGACUCUUGUAAUUUCCAAAUUUAUCCCUUUAUAAAGGGCAGCUUUGGAUUGAUCAUACUUCUUUGUUGUUUUGUUGGAUUUUGUGUGUGUGGAGGGGAUUGUUUUGAGACAGGGAUUUCCUAUGUAGCACUUGCUGGCUUAGAACUCUCUAUGUAGACUAGACAAGCGUUGACCUUGUGUUGAUCCUCCUGCUUCAGUUUCUCGAGUACUAAAAUUAUAGACACGAGUCACUAAACUGAACUGAUCAUGUGAUCUCUUUAAUGGGAAUAUAACACCCCUCUCCCUGAUGAUAAAUGAAAGUACAUGCCUUAAUUAAACAUAUGUGUUUAUUUUAAAAUAAACUGUGAUUACUUAAGAUGCA